UGAGAAGUCUUUUGGGGAGGGCUCACUCAGAGCACACCCCUUUCCCUCUGGGGAGGGGGCGGCCGAGGAGACAUGGGACCAGCCCCGCUCCAGCCCAUUCUUAUUGGCUGGCAUGAAGCAGAGGGGCCUUUAAAAAGGCCACCGUGUCUGGGCUGGGGACUGGAGCCCGUGCAACCGAGUGCCCUCCUCCAUCUGGCACCAUGCAGCUCUCUCUAGCCCCGUAUCUCAUCUGCCUGCUUGUCCAUGUGGCCUUCCGUGCUGUGGAGGGCCAGGGGUGGCAAGCUUUCAAGAAUGAUGCCACAGAAAUCAUCCCAGGGCUCAGAGAGUACCCGGAGCCGCCUCAGGAGCUGGAGAACAACCAGACCAUGAAUCGGGCAGAGAAUGGGGGGAGACCUCCCCACCAUCCCUAUGACACCAAAGACGUGUCCGAGUACAGCUGCCGCGAGCUGCAUUACACCCGCUACGUGACGGACGGGCCGUGCCGCAGCGCCAAGCCGGUCACCGAGCUGGUGUGCUCCGGCCAGUGCGGCCCCGCACGGCUGCUGCCCAACGCCAUCGGCCGAGUCAAGUGGUGGCGCCCGAGCGGCCCCGACUUCCGCUGCAUCCCCGACCGCUACCGAGCUCAGCGGGUGCAGCUGCUGUGCCCCGGGGGCGCGGCGCCGCGAGCGCGCAAGGUGCGCCUGGUGGCCUCCUGCAAGUGCAAGCGCCUCACCCGCUUCCACAACCAGUCGGAGCUCAAGGACUUCGGCCCGGAGACCGCGAGGCCGCAGAAAGGUCGCAAGCCGAGGCCCCGGGCCCGGGGCGCCAAAGCCAACCAGGCGGAGCUGGAGAACGCCUACUAGGGAGAACGCCUGCUAGGACGCGCCCGCGCCUCCGCAGCUCCCUCGCGCGUGCUCGCGCGCGAACCGACUGUUUUCAUUGUAAAGCCUGCAGUCCAGGAUCUUCCAGGCGGAGACCCCAGCCAAGUAGAGUCCCCUCGCUCUCCUGCCCGCUGUGGGGGUGGGGUGGGGUAGGGGGUGGGGGGUGGGGGUAAGUUCCCCGCAGGCUAGGAGCCAUAGACUGAGCCGCUUUGCCCGGCCCCCUCCCCGGGGGACCCUCCUAGCCUCGUCCCCCUAAAGGACCGGGCAGCGUUUUCAGCGUAAAGGGAAGGGAGUGUGGAGGGACCUGGGGCUGGUUAACGAGGUACAGUAAGAUCUCCCCGCUCCAUACCGACGGCCAGCCUGUGUGCGCAAGAACGCCAACCCAGGACUCGAUAGGGUUUCUGACCCCAGUGUCUCCUUUGUGAAAUGGGGGUCAGGGCAAGAUUAGACUCUCCGGGACUCUGCUGAGGUUCCAAAGAUUGGGGUGCCCCUAUGUGGGCAGAUAGAGGGCACAAAGAGGGAGAGAGAGAGAGAGAGAGAGAGAGAGAGAGAGAGAGAGAGAGAGAGAGGAAAAGAGAUUUCCGGUUGGCAAACGCCUAGAAGAAGCUGUUAAUUCCCAGCCUGGCCUCCC